CCGAAACCGUCCUCAGCUCUACAGCCCCAUCCCCCCCCCAACCCCCCCCUCUUGAUUGGAAACCGCCACGAGACCCUACAAUCCUCCCCAUUGCCCAUCUCCUACAACUAAGCACCAAACCCUACACCGUAUCUCAUUCAAAUCCACCCAAUCACACCCAUCCUCUCAACAAAUCGCUGUCCUCUCCCAAUUCCAAGGACUUCGAUCGCCAUCCCCUCCCCAGUUCAAAAAACCCUAGAUCGAUCACUCCGAGACCUUGCACUCUUUCGAUCAGUCCGGUUCUCUUGAUUUCUUGAUCCUCGUGUCCGUUCCUUUGGCUUUCACUGGACUCUUUUCAUCGGCCUUUCCGGUUCGCUGUCUAUGAAUUGAUAUAAUCAAACCAUCACUUACCAAAGAGAUGGAUUCAGGGUCCAGAAAUGAGGAUGUUGUUGGUUACAACACCAGCACUGCCAAGAAGGCCCGGCUGCAGUCAAUGCUCUCCGCUCUCCUUGACGAUCCCAUAUUGUCUGAUGUUCCAAAGAAGCCGAUCUUGGCAGAUGUCGACACCUUGAUCAAUUUGGAGUUAGGCAGCGCGAUGAAAAUAUCCGUUGUUAGGAUGGAUGAUACCUCCUUCGUACUGAAUUCUGCUACGGUGAAGGACUUGAAAUGGGCAAUCAGGAAGAAAAUAAAUGAGAUAGAGCAAGCAGAGAUGGGACACCGCCACAUCUCAUGGAGGCAUAUCUGGGCUAACUUUUGUUUGGUUCACCAGAAUGAGAGGCUCAUUGAUGACAAUUCUCCACUUCGUGACUAUGGAAUACAUAACAAUUCAAAGAAGAAAGUAAAGAGUAUAAUGGGGGCGGGAGCUCUACUGUGGGCGUCCACAAGAACUCCUUGGAAUGUUGUGCAAUAUAGGAGACGACCUAGUCUGCAGCCAUGUUCGCCUUAUGAAAAGCAUUACUACUUGGUACUCGCCCAGCUCUACCACGAGCCUGCGUGUCUCACGAAUAAGGGGAUGACCAUCACCAUACUUGUUCGCACCCCGUAUUCACUCGAUCACCAUCGAUGAGUCUUCCUCGAUGUACACCUGCUCGGCAUCGAGCAUCCGCCUCACAUAUGAUGUAUCCUUCCAAGCUGCUCGAAGCUCUGCCCCAACUAUGUUAAGAUUUGGAGUGUGACGAUCUCCAGCUGUGAUUUUCAUUUUCUGCUUGCACUCAGAUUCAUUGACUAAUAGAAAAAUGAUAACGUUUGGAACCUUGUUUAUGGGCCAUGACCUGAUGCCGUCAGGGGCUUAUGUCAAAAUGUACCAUUUGCUACCAAGAGCUUUCACAUGCUCAUGUUGUUGAAUUAUUUUAUUUAGAUGUUAAAGUGGCACAAUUGAACUGAAAAA